CAUCGGUGCGAUCUGUCAUGCAAGUCCAAGCCAUAGUGAGGAGUCCAGUGUGAAGACAUCAUCUACUGCAGCCUACUUGUAAUAACCUACAUUGUGUUCUCGGGCGCUGCAGGAGGAGCUUUUUUUGGAGCGUUAUGCUUAUGAAUUACACGCACAGCAGGAGGCGCCUCUUUACAUUUAGUUACAUUAUCUGUGAUAAGAGGACGAUGCCUUUGUGGACGGGACUUUUUCUCCUGGUGGUGCUGAACGCGUCUGCAUAUGAACUGGAUCAAAACGAGUCUUAUUCGCCCAGGAGAACACGCUUUUCCGCCAACAGCCCUUCAGAUGUGGCGCGCUGUCUCAACAGUGCCCUCCAAGUUGGCUGCGGGGCCUUCGCCUGCCUGGAAAACUCAACUUGUGACACAGAUGGCAUGCAUGACAUCUGCAAGUCCUUCCUUUACAGUGCUGCCAAAUUUGACACUCAGGGUAAAGCAUUUGUGAAGGAGAGCCUUAAGUGCAUUGCCAAUGGCAUCACCUCCAAGGCAUUCUCCACCAUCCGCCGCUGCUCCGCCUUCCAAAGAAUGAUAUCGGAAGUCCAAGAGGAGUGUUACAGCAAGCUGGAUAUCUGCACUGUAGCGAGAUCAAAUGCAGAUGCUAUUGGCGAAGUGGCACAGCUGCCCAGUCACUUCCCCAAUAGGUUUUAUGGUAAGCUGCUACAGAGCCUGAUGGACUGUGAUGAGGACACAGUGGACCGCAUUAGGACCAGCAUGGUGUCGCGGCUGGGCCCAGAGAUGACCAUGCUUAUUCAGCUGCUGCAGAACAAGCCCUGCCCAUCCACUGCUGUGGCUGCAGCUGCCGCUAUCCCAACUGAAGUGGAGGGCCGUGGGAGCUGGCGCUGGUCCAUGGGUCCCCAUAUGUACAAGAUCCAGCCUAAUCUGCGAAACAGAGACUCUGCCAGUCAUUUUGGCAAAAAGCGCUCUGGCAGCGACAGCUCCUAACUUCCACUCCGAUUCAGAAGCUCCACACACUCCUCAACACAUGAUGAAAGCUCCUCUAUUCCCUAGAGGUGAUAAAAUCCCUUCCACCGCUAGACUGGAAGUUAUACAAACAUACAUCCCUAGGGAACGCGAUUAGGGUCGGUUGUUGUUAUAUUGUAUAUCCUACACUUUAGGCUUGAGAGAACCCCCAUUCCAUCGAGUCCGCUCACAGUUCGGGUUGAAGAUGAGGCCGUUGCAUCUCUGCGACGUGGUCCUGUCCGCUCCUCUUCACCUCCUCCAAUGAGUCUUUUGAUGCCAAGCGAAAAAAGAAAAAGAAAAGAAAAAAACAGCCAUAUAGGUUUACGCCUCUAGAGAACAAGUCCUAACUUUCAAUGAUAGUUCAAUUUCAUAAUCACGGCAUUUAAUCAUGAGUAGAGUUCAGUAGGGUUAUUAUUAGUUCACUGAUAGGAAUGGGACAUUAUUGGUAGAUGUAUGUAAUAAAUCUCCAGUCCAAAUUGUGAGCAUGAGAUGUGGAAAUUAGUUUCAAAUCCUUUUUCUGAAUAACAUCACAGUUAGAUGUACUGUGUACUGAGUUAUCUGAGACAGCCAUAGCUCGCUCACACGGAGUGAGGUCUGUAGAGGUUUCAUGAUAACCUUUGAAUUACCUUAAACUGACCAAAAAACUCCCCUCAAUGCUAUUCAUGAAAUACCAAAAUAGUCUAUAGCUAUUAGCACUUGUAGUUGUUGUUUUUGUCCGAUGGCGGAUGUAUCCACUGUCUUGUUUUUCUAACCCUCAUCCUGCUCAUAAGGAUUGUCCCGGUCGCGGCAAAGGCUAAAUAUUACAAAAGGUCCAUUUUGCAUAUCUUGUAUACAGACAAUUGUAAUGCAUAUGACUGUUGAGCACUAGAGAGAGAGAGGCCGUGUCUAGUGGAAUCUGUAUGCACGCUCUUAACUGAGCUUGAGGCAGUAGUGUAUGUGCAGUGGCUGAUUAGCACGUUCACCGAUGAGACAGCGCAGCCGUCUCCUCGGACUGAUAACCAUCAUUCUCUGAGGUGAAUAACGCGACAUACACACUGGCUUCGAGUGUCAAGAUUGAGAACGAUUAUUUAAAACAAAAAGCCUUGUUGGAAUGAUAUUUAUUUUCCUACCAUAUUAUUUAAUUGCAUUAUUGUAGUUUUUAAUUAGUUUACAGAUUUUAAAAAGCAGUUCAAUCUUGGCUCCUAUUUGAACAUGAGCUGUAUGCCAAAAAAAAAGUGAGCUGACUCUGGUGACUGAAUGGGACGCGUGUCAUGACUCUGUGCUGGCCAUAGGGGAACAAGGUUGGUCAUUCAACAUUAUGGGUGUUACAAGGGACCACAACAAAACAAUAGCUUCAUUUUGACACACGUUCUGGUCGGAGAAAAAAAAAAAAAGGACGUCAUUGCAGCUGCUAGAUGUGCUUCUUCAGGGUUAGUGCACAUUGCCAAAAGACUUACCGUAUAAUCCAAGCAAAACAAACACCAGCAUCAAAGUUUUUGAUUGUUCUGCACCAGUAGACAAUGCUUAUCUUCGCACGGGCUGAAAUUAUUUUCCAUUAAGGUGACUACGAAUCUUAUUCAUAAUAAGUGUUAUUGAUUAUUGUCAUUUAUUUAUUUAUUUUGUAUGUAAUUGUGUUAAUGUGUCAGCUCUGAUAUUACAUAGUGGAGAAAGACAGAUGCAAGAGAAAGGCAUCAUGGGGGUGUAACGCAGUCUCUUUUAGGGCCCCUGGAAACCUGCUUUUCAAUUAAGACUUUUCAUCAUAACAGCUAAAAAAACAACAAUCAACGUUAACAUUCCAGAAUAAAUAUCCCGGGUUGUUAUUUUAGAUAAACUCUUAAAUCAGGUGUAUGUGUGUGUGUGGACUGGGAACAUUUAAAUGACACAUUUCAAUUUAAAAGUUGCUAAAUCCAGACUAAGUACGUGAUGUCAUCCACCUGAGCCCCACGAUAUUAAACCAGUGACAUGAGUACAGAUCCGUCUUUUGAAAUAACAAAACUGUUAAAACCAAGAGAAUCAUGUUUCCGAGGAGAACCACAUUGGUAAAUCUGUUACAAAAUAACAUUAAUGCUUAACAAACGUUGCUUAAAGUAGGUUUAAUUUGAGAUCUUUAAUGCAGCAUUUUUACUUUCAGAUAAAGCAUGUUUUACUACGACUGCACAGGGAUUUACCUGCAGACAGUGUGAGGAAAUAACCAAUGCGUGUGAAGAUAUUUACAGGCCGCUGCUACUAACUCAGGUCCCACAGUCUUUCUGUGACAUGCUGGUGGUACAUUGUUAGAGCUCAGUUAAAAUGACACACAGGCGUCGUCUCAGGUGGUAAGAAGCACAUGGUUUUUGUGUAUGUUUAGGGAUCUUGUAUAUGUCAUCAAAGGAAGAAAAAGCCCAAUAGAAUUCAUCAACAAAGCAAAAUCCACAUUUGAGAACUGAACAUUUUUUCAUGGAGACAAUCAAUCAGAAACAGUCGAUUAGCGCAGAGUCACUGUCACUUCAUGCUGGUGUUUGUUUUAUCGAUGCCUAAUUGAUAGAUGGUUGUGAUAAUCAAUGGCUUGAGUUAGUUUCUGCACUGACAGUAAACUGCAAACCUUUGUGCACAUUGAAAAUGCAAUAUAGAGAGUAACUUGGAACCAGGGCUGGGUUCGGUUCACUAUUGAGCAGUUUGAUCUAGAAAACAUCAAUUAUCAAAUAGUCAAACCUGGCAGAAGUGCUCGCGUUACAAAUGGUUUUAUGAAACAAUUAUAAAAUAUAGUUCUGGUUUCAUGAAUGCAAUUGAACCCAGCCCCGUUUGAAUUGAAGAGAAUUUAUAUAUUUUCCUGGAUUGAUAAGAGUAAAGCACAGACCAGAAAGAAAAAAGAGAUGUCAGGUUGUCAAUUUAAUAGCUAUGUUAAGAAUUCCAAACUAUGCAAUAAACUCACAUUAAAGGAUUCACAGCAACACAGAAAUUGACCUUUAUUUCAUUCAGUGCCAGCUGAUGCUGUGUGAAUAAAACAGCAGCUUGUUUAGUCUCACACUGCGCUCACAGCGGAAAAGUCAUCACUCCUCUUUAUUGCUUUCUGUUUCUGUGUUUUUUUGUAAAUUGUUGUUUCAUUUCGUUCUUUAAAUGUGUGCGUUUAUUUUAGAUCAUUUAAUGCGAUGGGACCGUUCUGAAGGAAUCACUUGGGAAAUUAAGAGCUAUAGUCACUGUCGUGUAUCCUAGCUCACUAUGUUACGUUCAAUAUGCACUUUGCAUCUUAACCACUAUAAAUGGCAUUGCAACCUUCAGCACAUGUGAAAUUGAGACCUGAUUUACUCACCCAGUGAGUAAUCGGUUAGAAUAUUUCGCGCCCUGGAGGGGCCAGGGCUUCUUCAUGUACUAUUGAUACAUGUGUCUGUAUCUUUGUUGUCCGUGGGUAAAUUCAAAACCCAACAGCCGCUGCUAAACUGUUACUUCCCUGUGUGAGGCUGUCCAGAUGGCCGCUCUGCUCCGUCAACACACAGUGAGCUCAGCAUCAGUUCACAUUCAGAUAUUUGACUGUCCAUCCACGUCUUCACAUUUAUUUUCUAUCAACAUUUCUUGUGUCAAAUGUACUUGGCAAGGGCAAAGUGACUGUUUUCUCACCAAGUCACCUGUAAUGUUAAUUUCAGAGAAUGUACCUGUAUACUGAAUGUCUGUUUCGACGAGAACGCGCUCAAGUUAGGUGGCCUAAAAAAAAACUAAAGUAAAAACAAAGUAUAUAAGGCUUUCAAUUACUUUCUGUUCUAGAUUGUAAUAAAAGUAUUGGGUGCUUAAGGUGGUACUGGAGCAUUAUUAAGAGUUUUGUGAAAAAUUUUCUCCUGUCAACAGAGACCAAGGACUUCUCACUUCUGGCACUUCAUGGUACUCUUUCCUCUCAAGACUUGAAAUAGAUAGAUGUUGUGCUUGAACUAAAUCAAAAAGCUUCGGUGACCAGUAAAAAAUAUUUAGUUUUCAUUUCUAAGUGACAGUUAUUUUACUAUCAGAUUCAGAAGGUUAUUGAGGAUUUAAGGGGGUUACUGAAGUUCCUGAUACAGAUGCUAUGUAACGCAUGAUUGACCCUUGUGAAUCACUUGCACUUUAAAAUAUACCCAUAUACAUAUAUACCCAUACUGUGUAUAUGUUUGGGUUUUUCCUCUGUACUAAAAAGUCAUGAAAGAUACAAAUGCAUCAAUUGUGUGUCUUUUGCUGAUCAGAAAUAAAAUAUUUAUCAUAUCUGGCAUAUGGUAUGAAA